AUGCAAUGGCUCCCUUUAAGCUUAAGUUCCGCAUGGGUAGUGGGUCGUCGCGUAGUACCUCUCAGGAGCAGGAUGUCGUAGUAGAUAGCCAAUCCAAUCCCGCCGGACCUCUUUUAAACAGUGCGAACGCAAAUGAGUUCGGUAGCAGCACCACCCUUGAUUCAGAGCAGAAUAACGAUAGCCUUGUGUCGAUGAGCAACGAUCGGCGCGCCUUAAUACUGACCAGUAACACUACCGACGAACCAAUACUAGGAUAUGACAAUCCUUCGCUCACCAACACAGAGCAUACGAAUGUUAUACCACUAAGCCCACCGCCAUCGUACGAGCAUGUGUUAGAAGAAAAUCGACUCGCCGCUUUGGACAAAGAGAACAAUCGAACAUCGUUGCUGAACCUUUCCCCAACUGCGCUCGGUUACGAAAUGAUGUCCAACAAUCAGCCGGCUGGGACGGAGCACCAACUGCCUUGCACUACGGAGCAAGGCUCGCCUGGCGAAACGCGAAAGCAGGAAUCUAUCGAUUCCUCCCUGUACACCUGCAGCUCCACGACCACCCCUUCGCAGGAAAAUCUACUAACCUGCACCGGAUCCUGCGAUCCAUUGUAUCAGCUGAGCUGCAACGAAGGUUUGCAGGAUUUAGCGGAGGAAAUGGAAACGAUGGCAAUCGAUGAGACGUGUCUGUCGAACGAAAACCAGGACACGCUAUCGUUGGACGAAGAGUACAGUUCGUACAGCAACUCGCAACCGAUCUACGAUCAACACACUGCCCCAAAGACGGAAGUCAAGGGUCCGGAGAUACUGUACAAAUCCAGCAAACAGUUGUACAAAGCGGUCGCGAAGGAAUGUGGCAUUACGUGCAAGAUGUCCGAUCAAUGCCGCUGCUUGGACUGUCAGAGUCGGUACUUUGACUGUGAAUACGAUCAGAAUGAAAAUGAGAAAACUGAUGGUGGACUAGGUGCUGGUACGCCAAUGUUCAUCAGCGAGGUCAUGCACGGCACUGCGUGCACUAUUCUCUAAACCUAAGGGUGAAGAAUUACUACU